AUGAUGCGGGACCAAUGCCUAGAGUUUUUGGGCAAUUUUAAUGGUGGUAAUUGCAGAGUUAAUGGUCAUGCAAAGAUCGGCAAUCUUUCCAUCAAUGACGCAAGGAAACAGCCGGAUUUGGACUCCUCCUCUGGAACAUCAGACGGUUCGCUAAAUGCCACCCAUGGCACCAAGAAUCUGGAAGAGAGUGUGUCAAUACUUCACGAUAAAAGCCUUGACACCGUAGGAACGACAUUUAUCACCCAUCCACGGAAAGCACCAUCAAUCAUUUACCCACGGUUUCACUUUCCUCAAGGCGUACCGGUGUCAAUAGUGGAGAACGAUGCGGCAUUGCGUCGAGUAUGUCGCGUAUUUCGCGAUUUCCCCAAUGAACAGAUGUUCCUUGCUUGA